AUCAAAUUCACAACUAAGCUAAUCAUUUGUUAACCUUUCUUUCAGCAAUGACAUACAUAUAAACCUUUACUUUACACUCAAUUUCACAAAAUGACCUUCACAAUUUCUUUUAAAUAAAAUACUUAACUCUACCGCACAAAAAGCUCUUUCCUUUCAACUUGUAACUACUGCUGAAAUUCUUGGAACGGCAAGAAAGUAGAAUGCUAAUAUCGAGAGCAUUAUUUCUUUACCGCGUACUUCCUAGAGUGAGCUGUUCUUUUAUUACUUACAAACAGUUUCACCAUUCUGCAGUUCAGUAUAAGAAGCGAUCGGGAAGAAAAUCAAAAUUUCCAAAGAAUGGAACGUCUUCCCAUUCCAAAAAACGAAAAGAGAUUACUGAAAUUACUUCAGAGCCUCAAUUAGAACUUCUACAAGGAAAAAAAUUCAAACAAUAUGGGUUUAACUCAGCUACCGAACUUGUAAAACAGGCUUCUAAGAUAUUCCACUCCUUUUUUGGAGAAAACGGAACUUGGUUGACGUCUCCGGUUUCAGAUAAAGUAAAUCUAGUACGUUUUUGUUCGUUCGUAAACGGAUAUGGUUUUUUCAACUUUGCUGAAUUGACUUUUGAUCCAAGCUUUACACAGGCGAAAGAACGGAUUUUUGUGAAGUUCUUUAAGGAUGUCAAAAGUUAUAAGCUUUUGAACCAGCUACACAGCGGAUUCUUAGAGCCUUUUGACAAAGUUCAGUUCUCGGCUUCUCGAGAUUAUCAAAAAGAAGUGCUCUCCUACUGUGCUUCCCAGCUACACACGCUCCCAAACAUAGUGUACAGGCUUGUGGAUAACCUGUAUACUAUUGAAAUAUACCUUCCGGAAUACAGAGUUCGUACUAUUGUCAAACUUGAUACAAAUUUCAAUGAUGCGGAAAAGUACGCAUUUUAUUUGUUUCUAAGACAUGUUCAACUAUCAACAAAAGCAUCCAUCGACUCGAAGUCUAUCUUACGAGACUUUCGAAAUCUCAACAUGUCAAACGCUCGCGGAUUCGUAGAAUUCUACGCUACUAGCUUAAAGAAGGAAAGCAAAACCGUUAGCAGUUGCUUACAUUCAUCUCUACACAGCGCCAGUGUUGUCAUCGAUGGCUUUACAUUUCCCUCUGUUCACGCUAGUAAUCAAGACGCGGCUAACUCAAUUGCCUAUCUUUAUGCUUCACAAGCGCUGAAAAAUAAGCAUCCAGAUUUAUGGGAAUCUUACGCUUAUGAUUUGAGGAAAGGAAACGGGGUUGUGCUACAAAAAAUACCUCCUGGAAAACACAGAACCUUUAAACAGUUGACUGAACAAGUCUCUUCAUUGGCAGAAACUUUACUUUCGAAAGAUCGGGAUGCGGAAAGAUACCAUGCUCAUUUUCUUUCAAAGGUUUCUUCAACUAUUAAUGAAGAUGAGUCCUCAGUUGCAAGUCCAAUAUUGUCUUCCAUUUCACUGGAGGAACAGAAGAAGCUUAAUGCACAACGAAAAGAAGCACUCGAAGCUUAUGAUCAAAAUGAUGAUAUAAAGAGUUUGCGUGACGUUCGCAAAAGCUUGCCAAUUUAUGGUUUUGAACAAACAUUACUUCGCGCCAUUGAAGUAAACCCUGCUGUUAUCGUGGUCGCAGAUACUGGCAGCGGAAAAACUACUCAGCUUCCCCAAAUGAUUCUUGAUGAUUAUAUUCGAAGGGGGGAAGCCACAAAAUGUAACAUUAUGUGUACGCAACCUCGCCGACUUUCAGCCGUCUCUGUUGCUGAGAGGGUAGCAAAUGAACGAAAUGAGUCACUUCGUAAAUCAGUGGGUUACUUUGUUCGGUUUGAGAAUCGGACACCGACAGCACCAGGCAGUAUACUCUUUUGUACGACGGGUAUUGCCCUUCGAAAACUCCAAGACUCUAAUAGUGUAUUAAGUUCGUACUCGCACAUUAUUUUGGACGAAGUUCAUGAACGCUCUCUGCAAACGGAUCUCUUACUAGCUAUCUUAAAAACAUCAAUUGUUCAAUUGAUGCACGCUGGUCUUCCUUAUCCAAAACUUAUUUUAAUGAGUGCGACAAUUGAUGCAAAACCAUUCCAAGAGCACUUGUCCAACCUUUUCAUUGACGGAAAUUGUCCAUUAAUCAAGGUUCCCGGGCGCGCUUUUCCUGUUGAAAAGAACUAUCUUGAAGAUAUUCUCCCAAUGUUGCAAUCACAGACCGACGAGUAUAAGGAAGUUAUGGAAGAUAAAUCAACUCGCAACUUCAUUAAUCACGAAAGUUCGUAUAUGAACAAUGUAAUAAAACCAUCGAAUUACCAACGCGGAGCAUCUGUCUCGAACGAGGAUGCUGAAAGCAAUUUAAACAUACAUAGCCGUGUUCACGAUGGUGAAGUGACCUUUGAUUUCACCGACGAAGCAAAAGACAUACCUUUUCGUUUGCUUGCCUCACUGCUUGGUUAUUUAUGCGCGAACGGUACUUUAGAGGGCUCUAUUCUCGUCUUCCUUCCAGGUUUGGCAGAAAUGACAAAACUACAGAGCAUUCUUGUUCAAACAAAACCUUUUGGAAUUGAUGUUGAGGACUCAGAGAAGUAUAAAAUUUAUAUGCUUCACUCUUCAUUAAAGCGUAUGAACGAAGUUUUCUGCGUGGGCGAGAAAAAUGUUCGAAGAAUCAUAUUGGCAACUAACAUAGCUGAAACGGGAAUCACUAUUCCAGAUGUUGCUUAUGUCGUUGACAGUUGUUUGCAUCGUGAAAAAAUGUAUUGUCCUCAUCGACGAGUAUCUGCCCUGUUAUGCCAUAGCAUCAGCAAGGCGAACAUGCGCCAACGAUGUGGAAGAGCCGGAAGAGUACAACCCGGCGAAUAUUAUGCUCUUAUAAGUGAAGCUCAUGCGGAUGCGCUUCCAGAAUCCACAGUGCCAGAAAUCCAUCGUUCGGAUCUUCAAGAUGUUUGUCUGCAAGUGCUUUCAAGUACAAAUUUUCCGUUGCAACAGCUUCUUAAGGAAACUCUGGAACCUCCAUCUACUGCGGCUGUUAACGAAGCACUAGCUUUGCUCAAACGAACGGGAGCAUUAACGAAUUCUGUUGAACUGACACCACUUGGCAAACUUCUUGCUCACUUACCAAUGGAACCGUCAAUGGGAAAAAUGAUUAUUUGUGCUGCGGUUUUCAAGUGUUUAGACCCUCUCUUAUAUCUGACAGCUGCUAUGACUACUGGUGAUGUAUUCUUCACACCCAUACGAGAUCGUGAAACAGCACAAGCAAGAAGACGGCAAUUCGAUCGUGUAUACCUCAGCGAUCAUCUAACAACUAUUAACGCCAUUGCUAAAUAUCGAAGUAUUUUAAUUACUGAGGGACGCAAUAAAGCUUUUGACUUUGCACAUGACAACUUCUUGAAUGUGACGAAACUCAACAGUGCUUUACACAUUGCUGAACAAAUUCAUCAAAUUCUUGUCAAACUUAAACUUGUUCCGUACUCCUCAAAUGAUAGAUCGAGCACUUUUAUCGGUCACCCUUCAGCGAAUGAGCAUGCAGAUUCACAAGAAUUGAUUCUCGCCCUUCUGAACAUUGGGCUUCUCCCGAAUUUGGCUAUUACUCGGUACGGAAGAUUUUUGCGAACUCCCACUGAACAAACGGCGAUGGUUCAUCGGAGCUCAAUUGCUUUUGUUAAAUCCAGUCACGGCGUUUAUGCAAAACCCGACGAACCCAUCACUCAGGGAAAAACAUAUUUGUAUACAACCAAGUCAAGUAAUUCCGAUCAAGGUGUUGUAUUCCUUCACAGCAUUAGUCCAACCAGUCCUUUGAUGCUUCUUCUUUUCGAAACCUUUCCUAUACACUCUUUUGGUCCAUGUAUUACCUUCGACAAUUGGUACACUGUAUACUUCAAUGAGGAAAUCUUACUCAAGUGUUUGAUGAUCUCAAGCUUCAUAAAAAAGUUUUUUAUACGACUGUUCGAAAAGGUUAACUUGACGCUUUCCACUGGUGCUUCUCCAAGAAGGAUGCUAAUUUCUGAUAAUCAUUGCAGCAAUAUUGCUGCCGGACUAAAGAAUGUCGCACAGUCCGAGUACUCCCGCUAUCGACUGUGGAAAUAACUGACAAAAAUACCACCUUGCUUAUUGCAAGCUGUACGCCUGGUGUUCCUCAACACUUAAGAGUUAUGUAUGUAAUGUAAAUUAAUGAUAGUUUUAUGAGCCACUCCAUGUCUUUGAUAACAUUCAAUAAAAUACACAAGUUCAACUCAGA